AUGAAACAAGUUAAAGUAUCAUUAAUAGGAGAUUCUGGUGUUGGAAAAACGAGCCUUCUUUCCAGAUUUAUUAAUAACACAUUUUCACCAACAACCGAGUCUACUGUUGGUGCUAAUUUUUAUAUGCAUGAGUUUCUUAUUGAUGGCAAAAUGACACAAGUUGCUUUAUGGGAUACAGCAAGUCAAGAACGAUAUCGUUCUUUAGUGUCAAUGUAUUAUAGAAACACAAAUGGUUGUUUAAUUGUUUUUGGUUUAGAUAAUCGUGACAGUUUUUAUAACAUCAAAACGUGGUACAACAGUCUUGUUAAUACGGUUGGUAUGGAUGUUGCUAUUAUUAUUGUUGGAAAUAAAAAUGAUUUACCUCAACCAUCUGUCACGCAGCAAGAAAUAAAAGCUUUAGCUAAUGAACUACAUUGUUCUUGGUGUCUUAUUUCUGCUAAAACUGGUGAUGGUGUUUCAAAUGUUUUUGAAACUAUUGCUAGUAAGUUACAUAUUUCAAAUGAUGAUGAAAGUGAUGAACAACUCCAACACGAAUUAAAUGAUUCACAUUCACAAAAUGUGUGUUGUUAA